CCCGCCUCACUCGGGGACGGCAGCAGCGGGACGGAGUCCGCUGCCUCCUCCGGCUGCUAGAGGCCCCAGGGCCCCGCUGUGCGCCUCCACCGCCACGGCAGGUCCUGCUGGGGACUUGCAUCUGGCCUCAAUGUGAAAUUAAGGUAGAAAAACACAUCUUCAUAUGUGUUUGCUAGUAGGAUUUAGUUUAUUCACUGGUCAUGCCUGAAGAGUGAUGUUCGUCUCUAGAUGGCUAACUGCCAGGAAAUAUAAAUGAUUGUCCUAGAAGUCAAGCCUCUCUCCUAUUUACUGGAGUGAAAAUCACCUCCAGAUAUCGACGGAAUAUCAGCUACAGAAAAUGCUUCACGUUAUAAGGAUGCCAACCACCUAGAUUCAUGCGCCCUAUCUGUACAAUUGUUGUGGAUGGUUUGCCAUCUGAAAGCUCCUCAAGCUCUUAUCCAGGCCCUGUAUCUGUUUCUGAAAUGUCUCUGCUUCAUGCUUUGGGCCCAGUGCAGACCUGGCUGGGACAAGAGCUAGAGAAGUGUGGCAUUGAUGCCAUGAUAUAUACUCGGUAUGUCCUCAGUCUUCUGCUGCAUGAUAGCUAUGACUACGACCUGCAGGAACAGGAGAAUGACAUCUUCCUGGGCUGGGAAAAAGGAGCUUACAAGAAAUGGGGAAAGAGUAAGAAAAAGUGUUCUGAUCUAACACUAGAGGAAAUGAAAAAACAGGCAGCUGUCCAGUGUCUUCGCUCUGCUUCUGAUGAAAGCUCUGGGAUCGAAACUUUAGUGGAGGAACUUUGCUCCAGACUAAAAGACCUUCAGAGUAAGCAAGAGGAGAAGAUUAACAAAAAGUUAGAGGGUUCUUUGUCUCCUGAGGCUGAUUUAUCUCCCACAGCAAAGGAUCAAGUGGAAAUGUAUUAUGAAGCAUUUCCUCCUCUUUCUGAGAAGCCAAUUUGCCUGCAAGAAAUUAUGACUGUAUGGAAUAAAUCGAAAGUUUGCUCUUACUCUAGCUCCUCAUCUUCAUCCAAUGCUCCACCAACUAGCACUGAUACAUCCUCUCCAAAGGACUGCAAUAGUGAAAGUGAAGUAACUAAAGAGAGAAGUAACAAAGUGUCUGCCACUGUACAUGAAAGAAGCCAGCAGAAAAAAAGUAAAACUGAGAGAGAGAACAAGUUCAGUAAUGGCACUGUUGAAGAUAAGCCUGCUUUAUAUAAAAAGCAAGUCCGACAUAAGUCUGAGGGAAAGAUGCGUCCUCGCUCCUGGUCGUCUGGUUCCAGUGAAGCAGGCUCAAGUUCAAGUGGUAAUCAAGGUGAAUUAAAAGCAUCAGUGAAAUGUAUUAAAGUAAGACAUAAAACAAGGGAGGUUCGAAAUAAAAAGGGGCGGAAUGGGCAAAGCAGGCUUUCAGUGAAGACUGGUGAAAAGACCGAAAGAAAAAUCCAUAGUGGAAGUAGCAGCAGCAGUGGAUCGAUCAAACAGCUGUGUAAAAGGGGUAAAAGACCAAUAAAAGAAAUUGGAAGGAAAGAAACUGGCAGUAAUGAUGGAAAAGAUCUGUAUUUAAACAGCAGAAACGAAAAGGAAUAUAAAGAAGAACCCUUAUGGUAUACUGAGCCGAUUACAGAAUACUUUGUUCCUCUGAGCAGAAAAAGUAAGCUUGAGACUACAUACCGCAACAGACAAGAUACGUGUGAUAUAACAUCAGAGGCUGUAGAAGAAUUGUCCGAAUCAGUGCAUGGUCUUUGUAUUAGCAACAAUAAUAUUCAUAAAACAUACCUCGCAGCAGGUACUUUUAUUGAUGGUCACUUUGUAGAAAUGCCUGCAGUUCUAAAUGAGGAUAUUGACCUCACUGGGACCUCAAUAUGUUCUCAACCAGAGGACGAUAAAUAUUUGGAUGAUGUUCAUCUGUCAGAACUAACACACUUCUAUGAAGUGGAUAUUGAUCAAUCCAUGUUGGAUCCUGGUGCCUCAGAUAAAAUGCAAGGAGAAAGUCGGAUUUUGAAUAUGAUUCGACAAAAAAGUAAAGAGAAAUCUGAUUUUGAGGCAGAAUGUUGCAUAGUGUUAGAUGGAAUGGAGUUGCAAGGGGAAAGUGCAAUAUGGACAGAUUCAACCAGCUCUGUUGGUGCUGAAGGGUGGUUCUUGCAAGACCUUAGUAAUUUAGCUCAAUUUUGGGAGUGCUGUUCAUCUUCUAGCUCUGGUGAUGCAGAUGGAGAAAGUUUUGGAGCAGAUUCUCCUAUCUUAGACAGCACAAUGCUUAAUUCACACAUGCUUGCUGGCAAUCAAGAGCUCUUUUUGGAUAUUAAUGAAGGGUCUGGUAUAAACUCUUGUUUUUCAGUGUUUGAAGUGCAAUGCAGAAAUUCUGUUUUACCAUUUUCUUUUGAAACACUCAAUUUGGGAAAUGAAAAUGCAGAUUCUAGUAGCAGUGCUAAUAUGCUUGGAAAGACACAGUCUAGAUUGCUCAUAUGGACCAAAAAUAGUGCCUUUGAUGAAAAUGAACACUGUUCCAAUCUUUCAACAAGAACUUGUAGUCCAUGGUCACACUCGGAAGAAACACGUUCAGACAAUGAAACUUUAAAUAUUCCAUUUGAAGAAUCCACACAAUUUAAUGCAGAAGAUAUAAAUUAUGUAGUUCCUAGGGUGUCUUCAAGUUACGUAGAUGAAGAAAUUCUAGAUUUUUUUCAAGAAGAAACUUGCCAGCAACAAGCUAGAACUUUAGGAGAAAUGCCCACUUUGGUUUUCAAAAAAAAAUCUAAACUAGAAUCUGUCUGUGGUAUUCAGCUAGAACAAAAAGGAGAAGGUAAAGAUUAUGAAACAACACAAGUGUCUAGUGAAAGCAGCCCACAUGGAGAUGGCUAUAGCUCAGGGGUUAUUAAAGACAUUUGGACAAAUAUGACAGACAGAAAUUCUGCAGCAAUAGUAGAGAUAGAAGGAAUAGAAGAUGAAUUGUUUUCAACUGAUGUAAAUAACUACUGCUGCUGCUUAGAUACUGAAGCAAAAGUUGAAAUCCUCCAGGAACCUAAUAAGGCAGUGCAGAGAUCAGAGUAUCAUCUUUGGGAAGGUCAAAAAGAGAACUUGGAGAAGAGAGCAUUUGUUGCAAAUGAUUUAUCAGAAAUAGAUGGUGGUGAUUAUACUACACCAUCAAAACCUUGGGACAUAAACCAGGAUAAAGAAAACUCAUUUAUACUUGGUGGUGUGUAUGGGGAGCUCAAAACAUUUAAUAGUGAUGGAGAAUGGGCACUAGUGCCCCCCAGUCACGCAAAAGGAAGCUUAUUACAGUGUGCAGCUUCUGAUGUAGUGACAAUAGCUGGUACAGAUGUCUUCAUGACACCAGGAAACAGCUUUGCUCCUGGUCACAGGCAAUUAUGGAGGCCAUUUGUAUCAUUUGAACAGAAUGAGCAAUCGAAGAAUGGAGAUAAUGGAUUGAAUAAGGGGUUUUCUUUUAUCUUCCAUGAAGACUUACUGGGAGCUUGUGGUAACUUUCAAGUCGAAGAACCUGGACUUGAAUAUUCAUUCUCUUCCUUUGACCUGAACAAUCCAUUUUCACAAGUUCUUCAUGUAGAGUGUUCAUUCGAACCAGAAGGAAUUGCAUCUUUCAGCCCUAGUUUUAAACCCAAAUCAAUUCUGUGCUCUGAUUCAGACAGUGAAGUUUUUCAUCCCAGGAUAUGUGGUGUUGACAGGACGCAGUACAGGGCUAUACGGAUUUCUCCAAGAACUCACUUUCGCCCAAUUUCUGCAUCUGAGCUUUCUCCAAGGGGUGGAAGUGAGUCAGAAUUUGAGUCAGAAAAAGAUGAAGGAAGUAUUCCAGCCCCUUCCCAAGUAGACGUGUUUGAAGAUCCACAAGCAGAUCUCAAACCACUAGAAGAAGAUGCAGAAAAAGAAGGGCAUUACUAUGGAAAGUUAGAGCUUGAAUCUGGAAAAUUCCUUCCCAGAUUAAAGAAGUCUGGAAUGGAGAAGAGUGCACAAACAUCACUGGAUUCCCAGGAAGAAUCAGCUGGAAUGUUGCCAGUUGGAAACCAAAAUCCCUGCUUAGAGUGCAGUAUGAAAGAAUCACUAGAUAUGAGGGAUAUGGAAAAUUCCAGAAUAAACUGCAGAAUAGUGGAGCAACAUGAAGAAAUAAACAGGUUUUGCAGUUGCAAAGCAGGUUGCCAUUUCCCUACAUAUGAGGAUAAUCCUGUUUCUUCAGGAGAGCUGGAAGAGUUUCCUAUAUUGAACGCUGAUCUGCAAACAACGAGUGGCAGCCAGGAAAAGAAGUCCUGGUGGGAAAAGGCACUCUAUUCUCCCCUCUUUCCUGCAUCACAGUGUGAUGAAUGUUACACAAAUGCCAAGGGAGAGAAUGGUGUAGGAGAAUACCCAGAUGUAAAGGAAGUUCCCAACAAUGAAGAACAUCUUUUAGAUUUUAAUAUGGUUUCUUCUGUUCAUGAAGCAAGGUGUACAGAUGGUAGAAAUUCUGGAGCAAAACCAAAUGGCUUCAGGAAGAAAAUAUACUCCAGUGAUAGCUCCAGCUCUGAAGAGACAGCUUCAGAAGGUGGAAGUGAAUGGGCUGAUCCUUGUGAGGAGGAGCUUUUUUCUCGAACUCACCUAUAA